AUGAAUACUGAAGAAGUGGACGAUCUUAAAAAUAGAAUUUUACAGGUUGUGAACCCUCAUGCUUACUUUAAUCUAAUAUCCCGUUUUCCAGAUGACUGUAAGCUUAAAUCAUCAAGGAAUUUCUUAGAAUGGAAAAGAAAAUUUGAAUCCUAUCUGAGAGCGUCUAAAAAGGGAUUGUUUGACUACUAUGCUUCAGGAAAGGUAGUUGUUCAGGGCAAUGCUGUCCAAGACAGAGACAUAAUUUCCUUUUAUGAUGACGGUCUGAAGAGCUUAUUGUACCAAACUAUCAAUGAUAACAUUAAAGAGGAUUAUGAAUUCGAUGACAAUGGGAGACAUAUGAUUUCAAAGAUCAUGUCCACCUAUGGAAAAGUGUCAUUGCUCACGAUUUAUCAGAACUACAGAGAAGCUCUAAGAGACGAUAAAUCUCAACUCAAGAUACAACAAAGGUUUCGAGCAGUUAAAGCAGAUAUGGUGGAAUUAGGGUGUGAUAGUGAAACUGUGGAAGUUGUGGACCUACUUAUCAUUUUCAAGGAUGAGGAUCUCGCACAAAAGGUGCUGUCCAAUGGGGUCUCAAAAUUAACCCAUAGGGGACUGCAGCGAAAGAUUUUUGAAAAAGAAGUCUCACAGUUGUCUCAGUCAUCUGCGUUUGUUGCUGAUUCUCCUAUUUCGCAAAAGAAACCUUCUUGUUUUAAAUGUCAUCAACUCGGACAUAAAGUUCAAACUUGUCCUCUCAGAAAGAAUGGUAUCAAAGCCAGGAGAACUGUUGAUUCCACAAUAAAUGAGAAUCUAGCUGAAAACCCCAACUUUGCUAUGACUGCUGAGUUCAGCCGGGUCAACUCUAUGAUCGAGUCAGGUCUGAUUGCAGCUGAAUCUGUUUGA